UCCGCGGGCUGUCCUCCCAAAUCCUCCCGAACAAACGCUUAAAAAUGGACUGUGAGCAAAGAAAUCUACCACACAACAGGAAUAUUACACAACAGGAACGGUUGUACAGAAGAGAGGAGGCACUCAGUGGGCUGGGCGCCGUCAUCCAAGCCUUUAAAGCAUUCCCCACCCGAGACAGCACGCAGUAAACAAGAAAUUUCAACUUACAGGGAGCACGGGUUGUUUUCAAAACCUGAUUUCAGCGUUUCAUUUUUACAAAUUAGCGCAUUUUGUGGGCGACUCUUCUCCCACCCCUCCCCAGACGAUCACCGAGAAGAGUCUUCAUCAUCAGUGAACAUGGGUGACGAACCAACUACUGAGUCAAAACUAUCAUUGGAAAGUGACUCACAGGAGCACGAUGUGGAGACCCCACACGGCAAGCUCCACUGCACCAUAAAGGGGGUCCCAAAAGGGAAUCGACCUAUUAUCCUGACCUUCCACGACAUUGGACUGAACCACAAAUCGUGCUUCAACCCCCUGUUCAACCAUGAGGACAUGCAGGAGAUCAUGCGGCACUUCGCAGUGUGCCACGUGGAUGCCCCCGGGCAGCAGGAGGGCGCCACCACCCUCUCCACUGGGUACAAUUACCCCUCCAUGGAUCAGCUGUCUGAGGCUCUUCCCUGCGUCCUCAAGCAUUUCGGCCUGAGGAGUGUCAUUGGAAUAGCAGUUGGCGCUGGAGCCUACAUCCUGGCUAAAUUUGCUCUGGAGCACCCAGACAUGGUGGAGGGUUUGGUUCUCAUCAACAUUAAUGCCUGCGCGGAAGGCUGGAUGGACUGGGCUGCACACAAGAUCACUGGCUGGACCCAAGCUUUGCCAGACAUGGUCAUCACUCAUCUGUUUGGGAAGGAGGAAAUCCACAACAACCACAACCUGAUCCAGACAUUCCGUCACCACAUCACCAAUGACAUUAACCAGACCAACCUGCAGCACUUUGUCAAGUCGUACAACAGCCGGAGAGAUCUGGAGAUCGAGCGACCAGUCCACGGAGGGAAUGCUAAUGUGAAAACUCUGCAGUGCCCUGCUCUGCUGGUGGUAGGAGACAGCUCACCUGCGGUGGAUGCUGUGGUGGACUGCAAUUCCAAACUGAACCCCACAAAGACCACACUGCUCAAGAUGGCAGACUGUGGUGGCCUUCCCCAGGUGGAUCAGCCUGGAAAACUGACCGAGGCCCUCAAGUACUUCAUCCAGGGCAUGGGCUAUAUGCCUGCUGCUAGCAUGACCAGGCUGGUGCGCUCCCGCACGGCCUCCGGCUCCAGCAUCACCUCCGGCGAGGGGAGCCGAAGCCGCUCUCACACCCACGAGGGCAACCGCAGCCGUGCCCACACCACCGAGGACCAGCGGGGCCGCUCCCACACCGACGUCUCCAUGGAGAGCAGCCCCGUCGUCGUGGACCGGGCCAUGCCCAAGGCUAGUGAGGUGUCCUGCUAGAGCCCCGCCCCCGCCCCGCCCCGCCUCACCCCUGCCCGCUGGCUCUCCCUGCCUGUGUCAACAUGCUACUGAUACUGAACCCAGGACUCUAUGCUGCAGCUGCACUGUCCGAAUAUCCCCCCCAGGUCCUCUCCUCCCAGUGCACUGGAAAGAUCAGGAGGACGGUCUUGUUUAUCUGUUACUCUUUUUUAUAU